AGCUUUUCUCUUUUCUCUAUCUUAUUAUCUCUCUUCCGUUUCUUUCUCUUCCAAAAAUCUAAACAAAAGCAUUUCAGAGUUUUCGAUUCCCAUCUUUUCUUCUCUCAAUCCAAACCAGACGCCAUGGGAGGAGGAACCGAAGCUUUUCCCGAUUUGGGAAAACACUGCCAGCACUCCGAUUGCCACCAACUCGAUUUUCUUCCCUUCAAUUGCGACGGUUGUCAAAAGGUGUUUUGUCUUGAGCACCGCUCUUACAAGUCCCACGAGUGCCCCAAAUCCGACCACGGCAGCAGAAAGGUCGUCGUCUGCGAGAUCUGCUCGGCCUCCAUAGAGACCACCGGCCGCGACGGCGAAGGCGAGAAGAUGUUGCUUGAGAAGCACGCAAAGUCUGGAAGCUGCGAUCCCAACCGGGAGAAGAAACCGACGUGUCCCGUUAGGCGUUGCAAGGAGGCGUUGACGUUUUCCAAUUCCAGCGUCUGCAAAACCUGCCACCUCAAGGUUUGCCUUAAGCACCGAUUCCCCGCCGACCAUGCCUGCAAUAAGGUGGCGGCGGUAUCGGUGGCGGCAGCGGGUGGUAAUGGCGGCCGCCGGUGGAAUGAUAAGUUCUUGGCGGCUUUGGCUUCCAGAAGUUGGAAAGAUUGUGCAAAAACAAAAAGUGGGUCUGGCGGUUCUGUUUCUUCUAAUGCUAAAACUAAUCCGUCUGUCAAAGCGUUUUAGGAUUUGAACAUUCUAUGAUCGGAUUGUUUAUGGAUUAUUAUUUUCUGUUUAUAGAGAUUACUUAAAUUGGUUCAAA